AUGAGCGUGUCGCUGCCCAACAUGGCGGAUUUUGACACCAUUUAUGAGUUAGAAGACGAAGAUGAGGAGCACGUAGUGAGUGAGGAACACUUGUCAAGAUAUUGUCCCGAACCCGUGAUUAUACGAGGGGCCGGACACAUCACGGUAUUUGGAUUGAGCAACAAAUUUGAUACUGAGUUUCCCUCUGUUCUCACGGGAAAGGUGGCACCAGAGGAGUUCAAAACCAGCGUCAGUAGAGUGAAUGCUUGUUUGAAGAAGAACUUGCCCAUCAAUGUGAAGUGGCUUCUUUGCGGCUGCCUGUGUUGUUGCUGUACAGUGGGCUGCAGUCUAUGGCCUGUUAUCUGCCUCAACAAGAGAACAAGACGAUCCAUUCAGAAGCUGUUAGAGUGGGAAAAUAACCGGUUAUACCACAAGCUGGGGCUGCACUGGAAACUCAGUAAAAGAAAAUGCGAAAGCAGUAAUAUGAUGGAAUAUGUGAUUCUUAUAGAAUUCUUACCCAAAUAUCCUAUAUUUCGGCCAGACUAAGAAGGCUGUGGAAUGACACCUGGUGUGUGGCUCUUAAAUCCUAUCCUUAGUGCCUUGUAUAUAUGUUGGAAUAAGGGUCUCCACUGGUGUCUCACGAUGACCCUGUACAUCUCCCUGUACCUUGGACAUUAGACUUUGCAACACUGUCACUUUGCUUUAGAGCAGACUUUGCACAUUUCCUUACAAAAAUAGAUAUGUUCCUUUUGUUGCACUCUUACCUUUUUUUAUUUUUGUCACGUGGCAAAUGAGUCAAAAUCUUAAUUCUUGAUAAAGUGCAUUAACCCCAAAGAACCAUCAACCUAUAAUCCCAUCUAUUGUAUUAUUAACCUCUUGCAAAGAAUUUGACGCCUUCAACCUCCUUAAGCAUCCUUGCCUUAUGUAUAAUUCAAAACUGAUUCUACAUGUAACAGGAGGAGGAAGGUAUUGGUUUGUUCAGCAAGUUCAGAUGCUGAUUGUUGAGUUUCCUGCCUUUGAAUCUAGUUCUUUGCAGGCAGAUGGGAUUGUUGAAUUUGCCUAAUGUACAGCUGUAUGUCAAAACCCUGUGUUUUUCUUUACGUUAGUAUUGACCCUCUGUACAUGUUAACCAGCUAGGGAAAAAGACAUAGAACUUGACUUGUAAAUACAUGUUAGGAUAAGCUGUACAGUGGUAUACAAUUGUUUACAGUAAGUUACUUAGCUCUUUAGUUUGUUAUGCCAAUAUAUUGCUGUACAAUAAUUUUGUUUUAUGAAAAAUGUCUAUGUACUUUUCCAGUUUAUAUGGACCUGUUUACCUAGUAAGCCAUAUAGUUACAUUACGAAAAGGUGGUGCCAAAGUUGGGAUUGAAAAUUGCACUUGAGCCCAUCAAAAAGUCACGAUUUCAGAUGUCUAUCUGAAGUCCUCAACUAUUCUUACACUGACACUAGUAGUGCGUAAUAUCACGUUUGUGUUUUUUUUGGGGGGGAUGCUAACGAAGGGGAAGAUAUUCGUUGUGCGUCCUCCAUUUUAACUGGAGACUGCUGCAUCUCUUGGGUUUGUCGCAAAAACAAUGAUUUGGAUUCUGCAUUUCCAUUCUCCUUUAUUUUCUGAAUGGUUGUCUUACAGAUUUGUUUUGUUAUCUUUUCUAGGUUUUGUAUUUCCCUGUGCUGUUUCAUUCUCCUCAAGUGUUAAACGCACAUACAUCCACAGUACAUAAAAAGCUGAGCUCAAGAUUCUUUUGUUACACCCACUUUGCCCGGUGUUAGUAUUGUUUUCCUGAAUCUUAGUCAAGAGAUUGCUGCAAUGCAUUGCAUUAAAGUGCCUCCUGAAUAGCUGAACCACAGAAAAGUACAGGUUGAGAUGAGUUCAUGUGUUCUAAGAUUUUAAAGCCUCCUCCCAGUAUUGUCUUUGUUACAAAUCUUGUAAAUGUUUGUCUUGAUUAAAUUGUCGAUUUUGAA